AGCUCAGAGGCCGUUGUCCAAUGGCUGAGCGACUUUCAGCUGCAGGUCUACGCUCCAAACUUCCUGGGCGCUGGGUAUGACUUGCCCACCAUUAGCCGAAUGACCCCGGAGGAUCUGACAGCGAUUGGAAUAACUAAACCAGGUCACAGGAAGAAGAUGACAUCAGAGAUUAACAAACUGAGUGUCAGCGAGUGGCUGCCGGAGCACAAACCUGCCAGUCUGGGAGAGUGGCUGUCUGCGAUCGGCCUGAGCCAGUACCACCAGGUGUUGGUGCAGAACGGUUACGAGAAUAUCGAGUUCAUCACCGACAUCACGUGGGAGGAUCUGCAGGAAAUAGGCAUCAUCAAACUGG